AGUCAACAAACAGCCAGACUGAAGAUGAAGGACCCGCUGGGCACUUGCACUUACAAUCUGCUGUACCAGGAUCUCAAGAGAUUCUCAAAAAAUGGGGAGUACUUUUGCAAAGAACUUGUUACAGUAUUCCAGCAAAGAUCAGAGUUGGAGAUCAACUACGCCAAAGGGCUGCAGAAACUGGCAGGAAAACUCAUCAAAGUAUCCAAAACGAUGAGUAACAACUCUACAUACAACGCAUGGUCCCUUCUCUCAAACGAGAUGUUCACAGUAGCAGAUGCACACAGAAUACUAGGGCAAGCUCUACAACAAGAUGUCGUCUUGGAAAUUCGCCAAAUUCUAGACGAACACACCAAGAGGAAGAAACCACUGGACAAUGCCAUCGAAAAAUCUGGCAAACUUGUUGUCACAAACUGGAAUGAACAACUGAAGGUGAAGAAAAAGCUGAAUGGGUUAACCAGAGAGCAUGAGGCACUCUUCAGUUUUGUGGAAAAGAACAAACACAUCUGCACAGAGAAAGAGAAACAGAAGAUGUUUAACAGACUGACUAAGUCUGCAGAACUUCAAGCCAAAGUUGAUGAGAACUACUUCAAUAUGAACAUGGAGGGCCACCAGAUUCGACUGAAGUGGGAGAACACACUCAAAACCUGCUAUCAGAUCAUCCAGGAGCUUGAGAAGCAAAGGAUAGAGGCUCUGUGCAACACACUGAAUAAGUACAGUCUCCACACGUCCAGCUACAGCAAAACCCUUCUUCAUAGUGAGCAACAGACUCAACAGGCCAUCAGGAGAGUGGAUGUGGAGAAGGACCUCCAAACUCUGGUGGAAGACACCUGUGUUACAGCAGAUGAUAACAAGGCUGAAUUUCUAAUGGCUGACUACUUUGAGGAAGACGGGAGGACAAUAAUGGGAAAAGAAAGAAGAAGGGACGCUUUAAAGAUUAAACUCCAGCGACUGGAAGAAUGGAUCACGAAAACCAAGAAAGACAAAGAAGGGCUGGAGAAAAUGUCAGUGGUAUACUCUGAAAGCACAUCACACUCGAGUCAAAAAAACCUGGAGGAAACAGAGCAGCUGCUUGAUGAGACCACUUUAAAAUUGGACCUUCUGGAGGCUACACACUGCAAACUCAACCAAACUUUAAUGGAUUUAGAGGGAAAACCAAAGCCAUUACAUCGGUUCAGUGACAGCAUCACAAAAUUCAAAGAUAAGGAUUGUGAGCACAGCAUUGUGAAACUAUCUCGGCCAGUUAAGAUAAAAAAGACACCGUUCAGAUCACGCCAAUCUUUGAGGACUUCAAUCAUGUAUAAAGGCCCUGCUAAAAAUGGAGCAUCCCGCCAGGACCCUGCUCCAUCUACCGGACCUGGCACUGUAUCAGCACAACUCAGCCACUACACAGAGCCUCAGAGAACUGAGCUUAAUGGAGCUCUGCCUCACUACGAAAAUGAAGCCGAAGGUGCUGCUUGUUACAGUCUUGGUAAAUGCAAGGCUUUAUAUGACUUCUCAUCAGAGAAAAUGGACGAGUUAAAUAUUAAAGAAGGAGAUCUUCUUGACAUCCUUCUCAAGGACGACAGUGGAUGGUGGUAUGGAGAACUUAAUGGGGAGAGAGGUCACUUUCCCUCUACGUAUGUUGAGGAGCUGCCUGUCUUAAAUAUGCCAAAGUCUUCUGUUGCUUAACUCAUGGAAAGGAUGUUUCAUUAUACAUUAUUUAGGAG